AUGUUUAAGGCAGUAUAUUUGGCUACUUUCCUGGCGUUCGUUGCUAUCAGUCUUGCGGCCGACAGAAAGAUCGUCUGUUACUUCAGUAGCUGGGCGAUCUACCGUUCCGGACUGGGCAACUUCCAAGUAUCCGACAUCGACCCGCGUUUAUGUACCCACAUGAUCUAUACCUUCACCGGCAUCACCACCGACGGUGAUGUCAGAAUUCUGGAUCCAUGGGCCGACUUGCCAGACGGUGGCGGUAAAAACGGUUACGGAAAGUUCACCGCGCUCCGUCAGUCAAGUCCAAGCACCAAGGCGAUGGUAGCCAUCGGUGGUUGGAACGAGGGAUCCUCCAAGUACUCUCAGGUCGUCAGUGAUCCUACUGUACGUGCUAGAUUCGUCCAGAAUGCGGUCAACUUUCUGAACAAAUACAGUUUCGAUGGCUUCGACGUCGACUGGGAAUAUCCCAAUCAACGCGGCGGUCAACCAUCCGACAAGGCAAACUACGUGACUCUGUUGAAGGAUCUUAAACAGGCGUUCAACAAGUACGGUUACAUCCUCAGCGUGGCCGUGGCUGCUGCCGAAGGGUCUGCCUCCCAAUCCUACAACAUCCCAGAAAUAUCGAAACACGUUGAUCUCAUCAAUCUUAUGGCGUACGAUUUCAACGGUUCCUGGAACAAAAAUGUGGGCAUCAACGCUCCUUUGUACGCUUCACCCAAAGAAUCUGGUUCCCAAGCUAAACUCAACGUCAAUGCAGCGGUUACUUAUUGGCUGCGGAAUGGUGCAGCGGCUGAGAAGCUCAUGCUUGGUGUUCCCUCAUAUGGUAGAUCUUUUACUCUAGCAAACGCUAAUGACAACGGAAUAGGUGCUCCAGCCAGUGGUCCUGGAACUGCUGGUCCUUAUACAAUGGAGGGGGGUAUGUUAGGGUAUAACGAAAUUUGCACGGAUUUACGCCAGGGUGGCUGGACCGUUGUCCGUGACCCAGAUCAACGCGUUCCUUAUGCUUUCAAGGGCAAUCAAUGGGUUGGAUACGAUGAUGUCACGUCUGUUCUGGAAAAGGCCAAAUACAUCAACUCUAUGGGUCUUGGUGGUGCUAUGAUGUGGAGCAUCGAUACCGAUGAUUUCCGUGGUACUUGUGGCUCGAAGUAUCCACUUCUGACUGCUUUGAACAGCGGUUUGAGAGGCAAUGUACCAGCUCCUAAAUCUAAUUUAUCGGCGCAAGCUACUUCAGUACUGACCCAGACAACUUCAACACCAGCUAGUAUAACACCAGCUAGUACAACACUAGCUAGUACAACACAGUCGCUUAAAAAAUCGGACCCUAUCUGUACACGCGAGGGAUACGUUCUCAGUCUGCAUGACUGUUCGACGUUCUACUAUUGUCAGAACGUGGUCGGCGAAAAAUAUCGGGUAUUCGUGUUUCAUUGCCCCGAAGGACUUGCUUUUGAUGUGUCCAUCGAUAGCUGUAACUACAAAGGCGACGGUCCGGGCUGUUAA